CCUGGAGUGAGGCAGAAGGUCUAUGAUUGCCAGGAAUGUGGGAAAUCUUUCCGGCAGAAAGGUAGUCUAACAUUGCAUGAGAGAAUCCACACUGGCCAGAAGCCCUUUGAGUGCACCCAGUGUGGAAAAAGCUUCAGGGCCAAAGGCAAUCUAGUUACACAUCAGCGGAUCCACACAGGAGAGAAGCCCUAUCAGUGCAAAGAGUGUGGGAAAAGCUUUAGUCAGCGAGGCAGUCUAGCUGUGCAUGAGAGACUCCACACUGGACAGAAACCCUAUGAAUGUGCCAUUUGCCAGAGAAGCUUCCGGAAUCAAAGUAACCUUGCUGUUCACCGAAGAGUUCACAGUGGCGAGAAGCCCUAUAGAUGUGACCAGUGUGGGAAGGCUUUCAGUCAGAAGGGAAGCCUGAUUGUCCACAUCAGAGUUCACAUGGGUCUGAAGCCCUAUGCGUGUUCCCACUGCAGGAAGAGCUUCCACACCAGGGGCAACUGCAUUCUGCAUGGGAAAAUCCACACAGGAGAGACACCCUAUCUCUGUGGCCAGUGUGGGAAAAGUUUCACUCAGAGAGGGAGCCUGGCUGUGCACCAGCGAAGCUGCUCACAGAGGCUCACCCUGUAACCACUCUUCAAAGGAAUUCCUUAGGGAUUAACAAUGCAAAACCCUCUGUUGCCAAGAAGUUUAUCUAAUUCUAUAGGGUAAGUGGAAAUUCUUCCAGAAGGACCAGCAUUUCAGAGGGCAACUGACUUUUUCCCUUCCCCCAAAUGAAUAUGAAAAAUACAUGUCUUGUUUAUCAUUAAAAAAAAAA